AUGAGCUCAACAUAUUCUACUGGAUUCUCUCCCGCCAACCCUCUCCCACAAUAUGCUACAGUGCUCCGGCCGUGCUUUGGGGAACUUUUAACGCCACCACUUACCCCACCACCCAACGUUCCGUUACCACCCAUUCCAGCCGCAUCCGCAUCCACCACUUGGCCAAACCGGACGUGCAGUCUCUCCAUGAUAUCUCGACCCCCGAACGCAAAAGGAAUAGUGAGAGAUUUUCCAUACCCUCAAGACGUCCACCCUGAUGUGUUGGACACUUUUCCACCUAAAAGUAGACCAAGGAGUAAAUCUUCGCCGCUAAGGUCAGAGAUGAAACGAACGUCAUCCCAUGCUCCUCUCCCAGCGGCCCGCCACCUGAGGUUAAUCUCCUCGCCGACCUCUUUCAUCUCCGACUCUGAAAUCACUGACGACACAAAUCCAACAAGCGAGGAGGGUGAAACAAGCCAAAUACCAAUCGCUUUGUUCGAAAGCUCCUACUCGCCACCUGUUCCACCACCCAUCAUCCAAAACUUUGUUCAGCAGUAUCAUCCUUCCACUAGAUUCCCCUCUGAAAAAUUCUCCAUCCAGGAAAACUCGAAAGCCUGUCAUAAUUUCUCUUCUUGAUCCAGUACAACGUUCAUCCAACUUGACAACAAACACAAAAUAGCGCCCAACCCCUUGUGAAUUCAUUGGCGGAUGUAACUUAUUAUUCUUCUUAGUGACAUUGUCUCGUUUCAUUUAGCAACCUGGAAAGUUUCAAAUGUGUGAAGAUGAUGAACGGAGUGUCAAGCCUUGUUAUCUUUUGUGAGAAGAACAAUACCCGAUAAUAAACAUGCAAUUCACCCCUAUUGGGCCACCCCACCUCCCACGUUUUGGUCUAUGCUUCUUAUACUUUACCCUUGCACCCAACUUGAUUCGCAUUCCAUUUUCGACAUUCGUUUUGUUUAUCGCAUCUUUCCCACACCCUCAGGGUUCGUUCCACCAAUCAUUCUACCUGGCCUUCGUCAAUCCAAUUUGCCAUGAGAAAAGCUACCAAUCCUCAGAAUACAUGACACGUGCAAAAUGUCUUCACCAAGCCAAUUAAGCUGUCAUAACCAAUUUAUCUGGCCAAAUCUUCUCCACAAAGGGUGUCGCCGAAGAAUCACCUGCCUCGCUCGAGCUCUUUUCUCUCAUAUAUUUUUCUUUAUAGACAGAUUGCAUGUAAAGUAGCACCAUCAUACUCAUCGCUUUGUGCUCAAUCGUCAACUUCUGAACGAAGCAGGAGAAUCACUUCGUGAUCCCUUUUCCACAAAACAGCUAACUUGAAAACAUUGAGA